GGCAGCGUCUCUCUCCGGCGCCGGCCAGAUUGGACUGAGCAGGGGACGAUGGUGCGUGGGGCCGUGCUGGCGUUCCUGUGGCUGGCCGGAGCGGAGAUGCUCCGGGAGGAGCAGGUGGAGCGAAGCUGGUUUUGCAGCUGGAAGUGCAUGAAGUUUGUCCAGAUGUGGCCGGGAUCGUUCUGUGUGGCUCUAGGGCCGAGGUUCGACUGCAUCGUCCCCGAGUCUGCCGACAGCUGGACCAUCCACGGGCUCUGGCCCAGCAACGUCAUGAACUGCUGCAGCUGCUGGCACCUCUUCCCCUCUGACCUGAUGGAUCUGCCCAAGCAGCUGGCCCAGCACUGGCCCACCUUCCUCAAUGCCAGCAGCUUCAACUUCUGGAAGGAAGAGUGGCAGAAGCACGGGACCUGCGCUGGGUGCAUGGAGGCCUUGAGCUCCCCCAGAAAGUACUUCGGGGCGGCCCUCAGCCUGCGCACCAUGUACAACAUUGACGGAGCGUUCCAGAGAGCUGGGAUCCUCCCGUCCUGCAAUCACAGCUACCAGCUCCACACCCUCCAGGAGGCUUUGGUGCCCAUUCUGGGGAAGGAGCAUGUGCUGCAGUGUGUGACCGACGGCCAGGCCCGCCAGGUCCUGGUACAGCUCAAGGUCUCGCUCUUCAGCAACUUCUCUGCCGGGUGCCUGGAGGAGGGAGCCCGGGAUUUCUCCCCCUACCGGCCCUGCGAAAACCAGAGACGCAUCUUCUACUUCCCUCCGAACCAGAAGACCCCACGGGACCCCUGCCCCUGACUGGGGUUGGGGGUAGGGGUGGGGCAGGAGAGUGUCAGGGCUCAGCAGCAGAGAGCCCCAGGGAAGGCUGGAAAUCAGGGGCCCCGUCACCAGAAUAAAGUGCUCGGGAAGGA